CGGCCGAGCACUGCGGGACCGACAGGGACACGGACAGGGACACCGGGACCGACAGGGACACCGGGACCGACAGGGACACCGGGACCGACAGCGACACCGGCACCGCCGCGAUGGUGAAGCCGCGGUACAAGGGCCGCUGCUCCAUCAACCCCUCCCGCGCCAGCACCAACCCCGAUCGAAUCGGGGGCGCGGGGGGGAACAACAUGCGGGACCGAGCGACCAUCCGGCGCCUCAACAUGUACCGGCAGAAGGAGCGCAGGAACAAACAUGGCAAAGUGAUCAAACCCCUGCAGUUCCAGUCCACCGUGGCACCAGGCACAGUGGCGAGGGUGGAACCAAAUAUCAAAUGGUUUGGAAAUACUCGUGUGAUCAAGCAGUCGUCCCUGCAGAAGUUCCAGGAGGAGAUGGAGACGGUGAUGAAGGAUCCCUACAGGGUGGUCAUGAAGCAAAGGAAGCUGCCCAUGUCCCUGUUCCAUGAUCGGAUCAAGCCACACACCUCCAGGGUUCACAUUCUUGACACGGAAACGUUUGAAACAACGUUUGGCCCCAAAUCACAGAGGAAAAGACCAACGCUGUCUGCAAGUGAUGUGCAGGCUCUGGUGGAGAAUGCUGAGGCCUCCUCUGAGUCCUAUGACCAGGACAAGGACCGAGACCUGGUGACAGAGGACACUGGUGUAAGGGAUGAAGCACAAGAGGAAAUCUUUAAGAAAGGACAGUCCAGAAGAAUCUGGGGUGAGCUCUACAAGGUGAUCGACUCGUCAGAUGUUGUUGUUCAGGUUCUUGAUGCCAGGGAUCCCAUGGGCACUCGCUCCCCUCACGUGGAAUCUUACCUUAAAAAGGAGAAGCACUGGAAACAUCUCAUUUUUGUCCUGAACAAAUGUGAUCUCGUUCCUACCUGGGCUACUAAGCGUUGGGUUGCUGUCCUUUCCCAGGAGUAUCCAACACUGGCUUUCCACGCCAGCCUCACAAACCCUUUUGGCAAAGGUGCUUUCAUCCAGCUUCUGAGGCAGUUUGGAAAGGUACAGAACAAUUCUGGGGAUCUGUGUGGUUGGGGUGGGGCAGUUAGUGUGUGGUGUUUUGCUUUGUUAGGGUUUGGGGCUCAGUGCUGCAGUGGUGAUUCUGUCCCUCCAAGGUGUACAAGGACUGUUCUUUCUCCCCAGUUACACUCUGACAAGAAGCAGAUCAGCGUGGGGUUCAUUGGUUACCCCAAUGUUGGCAAGAGCUCAGUGAUCAAUACCCUACGAUCCAAGAAGGUUUGCAACGUGGCCCCCAUUGCAGGGGAGACAAAGGUCUGGCAGUACAUCACCCUGAUGCGGCGCAUCUUCCUCAUCGACUGCCCGGGGGUGGUUUAUCCGUCGGGGGACACGGAGACGGACAUCGUGCUCAAGGGAGUGGUUCAAGUUGAAAAGAUUAAGAGCCCUGAAGACCAUAUUAGUGCUGUGCUGGAAAGGGCCAAAGCAGAGUACAUCAGGAAGACGUACAAAAUUGAUUCCUGGAAGGAUACAGAAGACUUCCUUGAGAAACUUGCUGCUAGGACUGGAAAACUGCUAAAGGGUGGUGAGCCUGACUUGCAGACUGUGAGCAAGAUGGUUCUCAAUGACUGGCAGAGGGGCAGAAUCCCAUUCUUUGUGAAGCCACCGAAUGCAGAACCAGGUGAACCAGGUUCCCAGCCUCCUGCCUUGGAAGCAGCUGUGACCUCGAGCCAGGAUAAUACUGAGGAGAAGGUCUCUGAGUCGAUGGCAUCGAGUGUGGAGCCAGAAGAGAGGAACAACCCAGACACUGAAAUCAGGCAGCUCAUGUCCCACGUGCGGCAGAACUUCGGCAGGAUUAACGUGGCCCCUCAGUUCUCGGAGGAAGACCUGGUUCCUGUGGAUGUGCCAGGCUUUGAUGAGACAGACAGUGAUUCCUGUGGAGAGGAAGAGCAGGAGGAGGAGAAGGAGGAGAAUGAGCAACAGCAGGAUGCAGGAGAGGAGGAAUCGCAGGUGGCUGCACCAGCCAGGGAGAGUUCUAAAGCAGUUCUUAAGGCUCUGGAGGACAAGAUUGCAAAAUACAAAAAAUUCCUGGAUAAAGCCAAAGCCAAGAGGUUCUCAGCAAUAAGAAUCCCUAAGGGACUGAGUGACAAAGUGUUUGCAAAAUCCAUGCAGAAGGCUGAAGAACCCAAAGAAACUGAAGACGGAGGCAGCACAGAGAAGAAAAGAAAGAGGAAAGCAGAAGAGGGAGGUGAUGAUGAUGACCAGUUGGGUACACAGCCUUGCAAGAAACUCACAUCCAAAGAAAGGAGACGAGCCGAGAGGCAGCAGCGCUCCAAGAAAGUUGGAGUCCGGUAUUAUGAAACUCACAACGUGAAAAAUAAGAAUAAGAACAAGAAAAAAACUGGCUUGGAGGAACAAAGAUCAAAGCACAAAAAAUACAAACAUAAGCAAUAGCUGCUUAUUCUAUUAAAUUUUACAUAAAACA